CGACAAACCAUCACCGAGUCAACAAGGGCUGGAAAAAGACGCAUCCAGGUCGGAUGCGAGCAGGACGCCAAGACAUGGAACCCCGGCCUAGUGCGUAAUUAUUAUUUCGUACAGGAACGUGGUUUCCCGCAGGUCCCAAGCCCCAGUGUCGACGUCUGCUUCUGCGUCUGCUUCUGCGUCUCUCCCACGCCUGAACGUGGCCGGCCACCCAUGACCUAAUAGACCACGCCUCUCACAGCCUACAGGAGGACGCAAGCGGUACCUGCCUUUAUCAUGGACAUCGCCUUCGACCCGGUGCGAUGCGCGGAGCUGCACAACCAACUCCUCGCAAAGGCCAUCGCGCACAUCCCCGGCGCCGCCGAAGAGGUGGUGCGGGGGGACGUGAUCACGCGGCUCCUCGACGUCGCGCCCGAGUGGGCUGACAUGGACGCCCCCGACGAGGUGCCCAUCUACCGCUUCCUCUCCCUACUUGACAGCUACCGGCCACUCGAGGUCCGCCUCACGCCCGAGUUCUGGCAGCCCGUGCCGGCCUAUUUCUGGAAUGACCUCUACCAGGACCUGGACAGCCGCGAUCUCAUCCUGUUGUACCCGGACAACACGAACACCCCUAUCAUGGACGGUGGGCUCUUCCUCAACCUCGACACGAACCUCGUCCAUUGGGGCCGUGUCAACGUUCACCCCCUCCCGCCCGACGAGUCCUGGGUGCCCCUUGAACUGGCCCUGACCAAGGCCCUGGACAUGUGGGAGUGCGGCAAGUUCCACUGUGGGCCCUCGCCCUUCAGCAGCGAGGACACCCUCUCGACACGGCCCUGGACAGAGCGAGAUCUCGAAGACGCCGUGUCGGCGUGGGACGAACUCCUCACCGCCAUCCGGGACCGUCUUCCCCUGCCACCCGACGCCCCGAGACCGCCCAUCCAGGACCCUCUCCCCUCCAGCCUAGUCGAGCAGUUCGACCUAAGCCCCUUCGCAAAGGCCUUCCUGACCACGGCCAAGCGCCCGUCGUUCGCCUACGUCGCCCCCGGCCACCUGACCACCUUCACCCGGCAGAGCUUCGCGGACCUCUACGCCGCCGAAACCCCCGACGCCCCGCGUCGCGCGCAAAACGCAAACGCCGCCGCCGCGGACGAGUACGCCUCUCUCGUCCUCCCCGCCACCCUCGCCGCCGUCCCCGAGGGUGCUGCCGAUCCGUCCUUCGAUAAAGACCACGGGCAUGCAAAAUUUACUAUCAAUCGCCGCGCCGGGUUGUAUACGGACCCGACGAUGGGCUUGCGCGAUGCCGAUAGUGCGUGGCUGCUUACUGCCGAGGGCUCUGCUCACCCGGUGCGUUUCGUGGGACAACGGCCCUGGGGUGCCCCUCGCGGUGUGCGCUUUGCCGAGAUGUUUUCUGUCUGGGCUGACUGGGUGCGCGAUGGUGUCUGGGAGGUUAGCAUUGAGGGGGUUGCUACGACGCAUGCCUGGUUUACGGAUCCCGCCACGGCUGAACUUCGAGAGUUGCAGUGGACGGAAACCUGCCGGUAGGGUGGCGUGGCGUGGCGUUGGGUUGGGUUGGGCUGGCUGGGGAUCCGGGGGAUGGGGCACUCAUCUGUUAGGAAAUAUGGUACUGUUCACCUUCGUAGGUAAGGGGAAGAGGGAUGAAAUUCUUACCUGUACAGACUCUAGAAGUCUCAAGGGAUGGGCUUUCGCCAAAUACGGGGACUCAAUAACUUCGUCAAUAUGGAACCGAGUCGGGAUCUCCGGAUAGAUCAUAGCUGAUAUGGCGCGGAGAUCUGCUACCGUAUCCCGAUGUCCCGUGGAACAAAAUCGCAUGGUCUUUACAUACAUGGACUGGAUCCCCAUGUCCAGUAUCAUCUAGACAGCCCACGUGCAGUCUAUUAAAUUAAGAGAGUUAUUUGCAGCAG